AUGCGUGGAAAGGCAUACGUUGCAUUGACUCUCGAUCUUAUUCAGCAAGCAUGCGUUUGCAAAGAUACCCUCACUGCACAUGUUUUGAUCUUAUCUGCACCAUAUUGCUUUCCGUUGAACAUGUUUGUUGUCAAGGUGUACCGGUCCCGCAUGAUUUGUCUACAAACCCUACAGUCAGUCUGUCCCAAGGACGACGUCUGCCUUGUCGUCUCAUCAGCACCGCUGAUGGAACGCAAGGCUCCAGCCAAACUGGGCCCAAAAAGAAGCGAGUUCCUAUCCAGUUGCAUGGUUAUGGGAAAAAUUUAG